AAUGACUUUCGGAUGGGGCUGGUUUAAUUACUGUAAUAGCUGGUAUUAAUUAAUAGCUCUCGCCUGCCGCUCCAUGACUAACGAACAUCCUUGAACAUCCUUCUCUCCUCCGUCAGGGCAAUGGCCGGUAUCUCGGAGCGCACCUUCAUCGCCAUCAAACCCGACGGCGUCCAGCGGGGCCUGGUGGGAGAAAUCAUCAAGCGGUUCGAGCAGAAGGGCUUCAGACUGGUGGCCAUGAAGUUGAUACACGCAUCUGAAGACCUUCUGAGAGAGCACUACAUUGACCUGAAAGACCGGCCGUUCUAUGAUGGUCUGGUGCAAUAUAUGCACUCUGGACCUAUUGUUGCUAUGGUGUGGGAAGGUCUUAAUGUCAUUAAGACUGGAAGAGUGAUGCUGGGGGAAACCAAUCCAGUUGAUUCAAAGCCUGGCACUAUUCGUGGUGACCUCUGUGUUCAAGUUGGCAGAAACAUCAUUCAUGGCAGUGAUUCUGUAGAAAGCGCUGAGACGGAGAUCAAUCUGUGGUUCACUCCUGAAGAGCUAGUUGAUUACAGAAGCUGCGCUCACGAAUGGAUUUAUGACUAAAACUGAGCCUCCAUCUCCUGAUACCCUUACUGAUACACAGCUAUUCUCCUGUAGUUAUUUCAGAGCCCUUCAUAUAAAUUGUCUCAGAAAUCAGUGCUAUUCCUCUGUUGUGAAUAUUAAAUAUAAACACUGUUUGCAGCUGCUUUGAUUGGAAAGCUAAUACAGUGGAAUUGUAUUAUAAAGCUUUUCAGCUGCUUUUAAGGAUGAAGGAAAAUUAAAAUGCAGAAAACAAUCAUUGUGAAUAACAUAGACUGCAUAUAUUUUCCCCAAAUCCUUUGUAGCCAAAGAAAAUAUUCUGGUAAAUAGAAACAUGUGCAAAUGCCUCUAUGUUAAAGUUCCAUUACUUUGUUAAAGUGUUAGGGAACAGCUGGUGGUAUCUAAACAUAUUGAUAGCAUUCCCCAAUAUUGCAGAUUUUAAAUGUUAAGUAGUCAAGCUAACCCCUACAGUACUAGCUAACCCUAACUACAGAAACAAGCUUAUUUAUCUCGCUCUGAAAGGUGCUGUUACUGUACACAGAGCAUAAGUUCGCUUAAAGCAAGAACUCUUCUCUAGAUGA